UGACCACAUUCUUGAGUAUGCACUUCUCUCAGCUCCUCGCAAGCCUGCUGGCCAUUGCCACCGUGCAAGGUGCUGCCAUCUCCACGGACGAUCACCUCGUCAAGCGAGCAUCUCUUACCCAGGUCUCCAAUUUUGGCAACAACCCAUCUGGAGUCAAGAUGUUCGUCUAUGUCCCUCAGAAUGUACAAGCAAAGCCACCCGUUAUCCUAGUCCUCCACGCGUGCGCAUGGAAUGCCCCCAACUUCUUCGCCUCGACGAAAUAUGGACAGCUCGCCGAUCAGUAUGGAUAUGUCCUCGUCUAUGGAGGGACGCCUACGGACGGCGCAUGUUGGGACGUCUCUUCCAGCCAGACGUUGACGCAUGAUGGUGGGAGCGAUAGCAUCGGUUUGGCGAAUAUGGUGAGGUAUGCGUUAGAGACGUACAAUGGCGAUGCUAGCAGGGUCUUUGUGACGGGAGAGUCUUCGGGGGCGAUGAUGACGCAAGUCAUGGCGGCGGUGUACCCUGAUCUCUUCGCUGCGGGAUCGGCAUUCAGCGGCGUGCCAGCGGGAUGCUUCUCCACCGGCAGUGUGAGAGGAUGGAACAGCCAGUGCGCUGGCGGAAAGAUCAACAAGACGCCGGCUCAGUGGGCUGCACAAGUCCACGCAAUGUACUCAGGCUUCAAUGGCCAAUACCCGAGGAUGCAAAUCUACCAUGGCGAUGCAGACACGACGUUGAACAUUGCCAACUUGGACGAGGCGGUCAAGGAGUGGUCUGGCGUGCAUGGGUACUCUGGAAAGGCAACCCGGUCUACGAGCAACGAUCCUGGUCCGAAUCUCACAAAGUCCAUCUACGGUGAUCGUCUGCAGGGGAUUCUUGGGCAUGGGAUUGGACAUGUCGUGCCGACGAAUGAGAAGGAGGCGUUGAAGUGGUUUGGGAUUGCGUGAAGAGAUCGAGGUGAGCGGUGUUUAGCUAUCUGACCAAUCCUUGGACGUGAGAUAGGCAGGAACGAAAUUGAAGUUGGAUGAGUAUGCAUUGUAGCGCGCGGCGGUUCAUGACCU